ACCUCAACCUCCUCCUUCCGUCUUGAUACGAACACCAACAGCCCCAACCCCCUGAAAGAGCUGCCAUCUGAGUGUUGGUUGGGUUUUGCACUUCCCGGGACCUGGGUCCAGGCGAACGUAGGGUCAGAGGCACUGAGGGAUUUGUAAACUUGUGAUCGAGAUCACCAACAUUGGUCCCUUGGUCUCCUCUUCACUGUUUGGUAUUUAUAGGUCUGUCUUUCUUGCCAGGACAACAACAAAAACUCGUCAUGCCUCUGGGUACACCUGCUCCCCUAACCAAGCGGAAAAAGCCCUCCAAGAUCAUAACUGACCUAUCACAUAUCCCUCAGGAUGAAUAUGAGUCAGAGCCAGAGGCAUCGGAGUUUGACCUGGGAACAAAGAUCAGAACUCCUAAAGACAUCAUGCUGGAGGAGCUUUCCCUGCUGAAGAACCGAGGAUCCAAGAUGUUCAAGAUGAGACAGCAGAGAGUGGAGAGAUUCAUCUAUGAGAACAACCCUGACAUCUUCAGUAGUGAGUCCAUGGACAACCUGCAGAAGUUUGUUCCCUCCCUGGGCGGUCAAGUGGGAGGUCAAAUAAUAAACCUCGGUGGGCAUUUUGUUAGCAAGGAUUCUGGACGCCUGAAUUUUGUAGGGCUACAAACAGGAGGAGGGGCCCCUCUGCCUCCCCCAAAGCCUGGAAGCAAAGGAGCAGGAGGAACGGGAGGUGCAGGUGGAGCAGGAAGUGCAGGAGGAGUUGGUGUGGGCGAGAAAGGUGGAAAAGGAGAAGGUAGUAGUGAGUGGUCUCCACUAAAAGGAGGUGGAAAACAUGACGGUACUAAGCAGCGAAUUCAUGUGAAAACCUACGUGUCUCCAUGGGAGAAGGCUAUGAAGGGUGAUGAAGGUCUGUUAGCCACUCUAAAAACCAAUAUGCCACAUCCCAAUGCCAAAAGGGAAUUACUCCAGUACAAGUGUUUCAACAGGAGUGCCAUGCCCUACGGCGGUUUUGAAAAGGCCAAUCAGUUUCUGAAAUUUCAGCUGCCAGAAGCUGAGGCAGCCAAAGAAGAGCCUGAACCUGCAGUGGUGUACCAUCAUGACAUUAGCUGCCGGCCUUCAUUCAAUCGCACUCCUAUUGGCUGGGUGGGCAGCAGUGAGCCCAGCAGCAUUCACAUGGAGACGGAUGCUGUGCCCUUCGAUGGAGAGACCGACGAGCUGUGAAAGCAUAUUAAUAGUGAUUACUAUGCACAUACUCACACACAAGAGUAACUGCAUGCAUACACCAUAGCAUGCACACACAAUAGUUGAGCUUACAAUUAACUAUUACACUGAUGAAUUUGAAUCUCCCAGUGCGGACAGUUAAAAGCGUACAAACAAAAUGAGGUCCUGAUCUUAACAUGCUCUUUAUUUGGUUGUAAAGCGACAAGUUUUAUUUGUUAUGGGGAGAUGAAACAUCAAAUGUCUAUUUGAUAAAUUUAUAAGUUGAGCCAAGCAGUCCUCUAAUUUGUCUGAAAGUUUGCUGUUGUAGGUGAAAAAUUGCAGAUUGUCCCAUUGAGGAAUGAAUCAUAUAUGAUGAAUAGGUGAUGAAUGCUAAGUCACUAUUGUGCAGGCUGUCUGAACUUGUUACCAUAACUGUUAUCGCUCAACAUUGUCUUUUUUUUGUUGUUACAAAUGUCUGAUGAUUUGCUGCGCUAUAAAAACCUAAAAACUUGUUUAACUCAAUAUGCAUGCUGUUGCUGAUCCCUUAACCAAACAAAACAACACAACACAGUUUCUCCACAAUAAACUGUAACACUGUAAAUAA